CCUCAUAUUUAGCAGCUGAUUUUUGUUUUGGUCUGCUUGUAAAGCGUAAGGUGGUAUCGACGAUUUUCUCACUGAAUUAAAUUAUUACACUGAUAUCAUGAAGUUUCCAUCAAAUCGAACGUUAGCUAAAGUAAGUGUCUACAUUGCGAUUGGUGGCAUUUCUGCUGUUAUGUAUAUGAAGUACAAAAUCGAAGACCGAAUUAGGAAUUACGAGUACUACCGGCAGGCAUUCAAAGCAUUACGGGGGAAUGCAGGUGUUGUUAAAUUACUCGGGGAGCCAAUCAAGGACAUGGGAUUUGAUUUGGCGGACACAGAGAAAAAUAAUUGCGAUGGAAAGACCGCUCAUUUUGAAGUUGCAGUUAAAGGUCCAUUAGAUCGAGGUACAAUGUUUUUCUGGUCAAAAAGGACAAACAAUAAAUGGGAAUUACAGCGAUUAGAACUAGAAGUCAAAUCACAACUUGACAAACGAUUCCUCAUUGUGAAAGAAGAUAAUGCGCCAAAUCAUCGAAACCAAACGGAGUAACCAUAAGUAAAGUGUAGCUUAUAUUUAAGGAAAAAAAUAAACAAUUUUCGGACAAAAA